AUGGACGACAAGUCGAAGAAGCCUAUGCUUCGCCCUAAGCCUCAACACCUGAUGCGGUCGAACGUCGUCGUCGACCACGCUGUUGCUGCCCCGGCCGUUACGCCGGCCGCAGCCGGCCACGACGAAUGCAGCCCGCCAUCGCCGGUACGCUUGCGCGCAGCCAAGAAUGGCCACGUCAACGGCAUAUACGACCCGCACAAGGCAGUUCAGCGCAGCAUGGUCACCUUGGCCGAAACAGAGGCGUCCGAAAACCUAGAUGGUAAGUGUGCUGCGCGAAAGGCCGCCGUCGUGUGGUCGUCAUCACCACGUCCAUAG